AAUCAAUCAAUCACCAUGGAUUUCUCCACUCUGUUGCAACAAAACAUAGUUUUUACAAUUUUGGUCCCUCUGAUAAUCGCUCUCUUCAUCUUUGGUGCUAUCAGCCGAUCCAAAAGCAGCCAGAAAGGAGAUAAGAAACCGCCGCCGGAGCCUAAGGGAGGCCGGCCUUUCCUCGGCCACCUUCACCUCUUCGGAGGAGACCAGCUCAUACACAGAAAACUCGGGUCUUUGGCCGAUGAGUACGGACCCGCCUUCUUGAUCCGCAUGGGGAUCCACCCGACGCUGGUGGUGAGCAGCUGGGACGUCAUAAAAGAAUGUUUCACCACUAAUGACAAGAUCUUCCCCACACGGCCGAGGACGUUAACGGCGAAGAUCAUGGGCUACGACCACGCCUUGAUGGGUUCGGCUCCUUAUGGCCCCUACUGGCGCCACACGAGGAAGAUCGCCACCGUCGAGCUCCUCUCCAACCGCCGCCUCGAGCUUCUCAAGCAUGUUCGGGAAGCGGAAAUCAACCUUUUCCUCAAACAGCUGUAUGAGGAAUCAGUGGUGAACAAAGGCGUCGCCAUCGUUCAAAUGAAGGACAAGUUCUCGGAUUUGGCGAUGAACGUUAUAGUGAAGAUGGUGACAGGGAAAGGAUACAGCGGACCCGACGGGAGAAACGACGAGGAAUCCAAACGGUGCCAGAAGGCUUUGAAUGAUUUCUUUUACCUUGCCGGGUUGCUCACGGUGUCGGACGCGGUUCCUUUAUUCGGCUGGAUCGAUAUUUUGACCGGAACUGUGGGCAAGUUCAAGAAAACUGCCAAGGAGUUGGAUUAUGUGCUCGGAAGUUGGGUUAAUGAGCACCGUGAACGGAGGGCCGCCGGAAAUAUCAAAGGCGAAAAGGAUUUCAUUGAUGUUAUGUUGGAUGUGUUGGAUGACGGCAAGACUACGAAAGAAGAGGCUGAUAUUACUAUCAAGGCCACUUGUCAGAGUCUUCUUUUGGGAGGCAAUGACACCACAGUGCUAACACUUACAUGGGCACUAUCCUUGCUAUUAAACAACCGCCAUGUGAUAAGGAAGGCACAAGAAGAAAUCGAAGCUCAGGUAGGAAAGGACCGGCAAGUCGAGGAAUCCGACAUGAAGAACCUACCAUACUUGCACGCCAUCGUCAAGGAAGCGUUGCGGUUAUACCCAGCAGCUCCUCUCUCGGCUCCACGAGAAGCCAUGGAAGACUGCACGGUGGCCGGUUUUCAUAUCCCGAAAGGCACUCGACUUCUUGUGAACCUCUGGAAGUUGAUGAGAGACCCCAAAAUCUGGCAAAACCCUUCGGAAUUCAGGCCCGAGCGAUUCCUUAACGAACAUGCCGAUUUCGAUAUCAGGGGUCAAAAUUUCGAGUUCUUGCCAUUUGGUUCCGGUAGGAGGAUGUGUCCCGGUGUGACGUUUGCGAUUCAGAUCUUGCACUUGACGAUGGCUCGGUUCCUUCAUGGAUUUGACUUGGGGACGGUCUCCAACGAGCCGGUGGACAUGACUGAAGCACCGGCAUUGACUCUACCUAAAGCCGAACCGCUGGUGGUUACCGUCACUCCAAGGCUAUCUCCCAAGCUCUAUGCAUGAAAUAUCUUAUAGAUGAAUAAGCAUGGCGACUGGCGAUUCAUAUAUUUAUGUUUCUUCCUCUUCUUCUUACUUCUUUCUUUUCUUUUUGUACCCAAAA